GCUUGCCCUUUCUCAGGAAUAGUCAAAUACAAAAACGAUAUUGAUCCCCACUCCAUAGAAUUGAAAACCAGUGUAUACCAUGUAAACAGAUUUUUUAGUACUGGGGAAAGCUUUGUUGAAAAUUCCUCUCAAUCGGUACUGUUGCUUGCAUUUUUACUAAUUAGCUGAACGAAUCUGAUGUCUAUAUAUAGAAAUCCCAAAUACUAACCUCUCUUCCCAACACAUGGUCCAUGUCACUAGCCAUGGCACGCCACAUCAUCACCCCUUCCAUGCUCCUCUCCUUAAUCUUCCUUCUCAUUUAUGUGACCACAUCAUCGUCGGCCGAUGAACGUCGGCCCUACAUCAUCCACAUGGACAAAUCAGCCAUUCCAGCUCCCUUCGCCACCCAUGAUAGUUGGUACACGUCUACAAUCUCGUCCCUCUCGGCGCCCGAUGGCAUUGCUGCUGUACACUUGUACACGUACAACCACGUGAUGAACGGCUUCAGUGCCGUGAUGUCGCAGGCCCAGCUCAAUCAGCUGGAGAGAAUGCCAGGUCACCUUGCCACGUACCCAGAGACAUAUGCCCAGCUCCAUACCACACGCACCCCUCAGUUUCUGGGCCUGAAUAGGCAUGUGGGCCUGUGGCCCACAGCUAACUUUGGCAAUGAUACGAUCAUCGGCAUCAUCGACACCGGUAUCUGGCCGGAGAGUGAGAUGUUCGGUGAUGAGGGAAUGCCGCCAGUGCCGGAGAGAUGGAAGGGAGCAUGUGAGACUGGUGACGAGUUCAAUUCUUCCAACUGCAACCGGAAACUCAUUGGGGCACGCUCUUUCAGCAAGGGCCUGAAGGAAGGGGGCCUCAACAUAUCGAAGAUCGGUGACUAUGAUUCGCCAAGGGACUUCUUCGGGCAUGGUACAUACACGGCAUCGACAGCUGCUGGAAGCCGGACGCCUAACGCAGACUACUUUGGCUAUGCUAAAGGCACAGCUGUUGGGGUUGCACCCAUGGCCCGGCUCGCAAUUUACAAGGUCCUAUUCUCCACUUUCACGCGCAAGUUAUUUGCGAUCGAUAUUCUGGCCGGCAUGGAUCAGGCAAUUGCGGAUGGUGUGGAUCUGAUGUCGUUGUCAUUGGGAUUACCAGGAUUAUUGCCAUACGACGAAAAUGUUAUUGCACUGGGAGCCUUUGCAGCGAUGGAGAGAGGGAUCUUUGUCUCAUGUUCGGCUGGAAAUAGUGGGCCACAAGCUUACACUAUUUACAAUGGUGCCCCUUGGAUAACCACGGUGGCUGCGGCUACCAUUGAUAGAGACUAUGCAGCUUCGAUCACUCUUGGCGAUGGCAUCACAACCGUACAAGGGAAGUCAAUCUAUCCUGAGAGCAUUUACAUCUCUGAUGUCCCACUUUACUAUGGACAUGGGAAUGCUAGUAAGGAAAUCUGUGAUUUAUACACCCUUGAUCCCAAAGAUGUAGCGGGCAAGAUCGUCUUUUGCUCGUUCGGGAACAUACAUUCUCAGAUAUUGGAAGUGAAUAGGACCGGGGCUGAAGGGGCGAUCUUUGCCACUGAUUCAGCCCAGUUUCUGAAUCCUGAUGACUUCUUCAUGCCAUUCGUUGCGAUCAGCAUCAAGGACGGAGAGAUCAUGAAGCGGUAUAUCAUGAAAUCAGCCCAGCCACCGACAGUGGAUAUUAAGUUCCAGAUUACAGUGUUAGGAUCCAAGCCAGCUCCUCAGGUGGCCAACUUCUCUUCACGUGGGCCCAAUAUUCUGAGCCCAUGGAUUUUGAAGCCUGACAUAGUGGCCCCAGGAGUCAAUAUCCUGGCCGCAUGGGUCCCCAACCGUGGAUUUCAACCAAUCCGCAAUGAUUACUUGGUCUCAGAAUAUGUGCUGGCUUCUGGGACAUCCAUAUCAUCGCCCCUGGUUGUUGGUGUGGCUGCAUUGCUACGUGCGGCUCACCCCAAUUGGAGCCCAGCUGCCAUCCGGUCCGCACUCAUGACCACUGCAUACGUAACCGAUAACAUCCACGGCCCGAUCCUAGAUCUGACCACCGGAACAGCCGCCACGCCUCUGGAUUAUGGCGCAGGACACAUCGAUCCGAACAAAGCAAUGGACCCCGGUCUAGUGUAUGAUCUCGACCGUCAAGAUUAUAUUAAUUUCCUCUGCGGGCUAAACUACACGACCCACCGAAUCAAGAUCAUCACCCGUGGAUUGAAUUACACUUGCACUAAGGCCACCCUCGAUCUCAAUUACCCAUCAUUCAUGGUGAUCCUGAACAACACCAACUCAUCCAGUGUGGUGUUCACACGGGUCCUGACCAACGUCGCAGAUUCUCCGUCCAUCUAUCGCGCGGUCGUGAAAGCGCCAACCGGUAUGAGAGUUGUGGUGGACCCACCAGAACUGAAAUUCGACAGUAAAUACAGCAAGCAGGGAUUUACCGUGAAUGUCCAGAUCGACGUGGCGGAAGUUAUACUAAAGAGUGAUUAUAUAGGUAAUUAUGGGUAUCUUAGUUGGUAUGAAGAUGGGGGAAAUCGUGUGGUGAGAACACCCAUUGUUUCAGCCUUUGGGCCAUGAAAAAAAUGAUUGGACAUGAUAAGAGGGCCCACUGAUCUUGUAUAAAAGCCUAGUAAAAUGCAAUGGAUCAAAAAUAGCGCAUUAUGAUA